AUGGCGCAAGGCCGACUCACAACUCUUCCCGCAGAGACUGUUGGGUGUAUAUCGCAACACCUCGAGUCACCUGAUCUGCUAAGCUUACGCUCCGCCUGCCGGGCUCUAGCUGACAAGACAUCUGGACCUUUCCAGGACCGUUUCUUUCGCACGCGCCAUAUCAUGCUUGAACAUCAGAGCAUCCGGAACCUGGUCGAGAUCUCUCACCAUUCAGUUUUCCGUUGCGCGGUGCAAGUCGUCGAACUCACUACUGAUCACUUGGUCGCGCCUCCGGAUUACAUGAGCCGAGCGGACUAUGAGAUGUGUGGGAUUAACGAUGAAUAUGAUUGCAUCAGGCUCAGCGACGGUGAGACUUUGUCACUUGGCGAUGACAGUUACGAGGCUGUUAUUGAGAGGUAUAGGGCCGAAUGGGGUAGCUACAGGGACUUCCUUCUGAGAAAGGGAGACUGGAUCAGGGACUUGGUUGAGGCACUAUCCAACCUCCCUCAUUGCAAAGCUGUCGGCAUUGACGACGACGUCCGUCCCUGGGGGGCCCUUCGACUCGGUCGCCGCAUUGGCACGUUUCCGAACCGCUUCGUCACUCCCUUCCAGGCCCAGAGUAUGGUCUUUGCCACCACGUUGAUCAGAGCCCUGUUCAUAGGACUGCUGCACAGUCGCCAUGCUGUAGAGAGACUCUAUAUUCAGUUUGGCGAUCUGAAGACGGGCUGCACCUCUGUCACCCCACGCAUGCUAUCAACGAUCCCUGUGUCUGUAGACACUUUGAAGAAUCGGCUUGCUCCCAUCAAAACCCUGCUACUUGUGGUCAACCCAAACAGCCACCAGAACGCAUUCGAUGAGGAUGUGAAGAAACUAGUUUCCAACACCGACCCGAUCCAGACUACGGAUUCCGAUUGGUGUCCGGAGUUCUGCGGCUUCCUCCGUCUUUUUCUCACGCUGACCGACUUCACCUUACACUUCAAUCCCCGCGACGAAAGGCAGCAAUUUCCGAGGCUUUCCGAGGAUCUUCGAAUUCCCAGCCUCCAGAGCCUCCGUAUCGAGUUCGUCGACUGCACAAGGGACGAGCUUAUGACGUUGCUAGAGGGGCAUCGCGACACGCUUCGGGAGCUUGUUCUCGAGUCCGUUGAUGUCACUGGAGGGGGGCGAAAGACGUGGUCCUCGCUCCUCGGAAGUCUCCAGCAUAGCCUCAGGUUAGAGGCAAUAGACUUGGGGAACUGUAUGGUGGAUGGGUUUUAUCUCUGUUCACGCUCCUCGGUAACGUUUCUCAACCAAAGGUUUUGCGCAAGUGGCCCUGAGGAGAUUGAGGCUAUGCGGUCAGCAUUAGAUGGGUUAGAAGAGUCGGAAGCGUUCCCCUGGUCAAGACGAUCUCAUGGUGAGUAA